GCCGGGGCCGGGAGCUGGAGCAGCGGGGAGCGGCGAGUAGUGGAGGCCGCGGCCGGAGCCGGGACCCACAGCUGGAGCUGGAGGCGGCGGGGAGCGGCGAGGAACCGGGACAGGACGAAAUAAGUGAAUUCCUUCGACUGUGAAAGACUGAGGGCGAGUGGCGCGGUGCUUGAAUGACGAGAAGCUGGAGCAAGGAGCGAUGUCCACAUCACACUGUGCGCAACCACACCCCACAUCCACUGGGGGAAAGCUGUAAAUGAUCACUGGACUGUCGCCCCGCACCCAUGUCCAACUAUAGUGUAACGUCUAGACCACGGGGUGUUGGUAUGCAGGAGGGCAAGUACUGUUACACUGCCCCUACGGGCAAUUUGUCGUGGGUACCAACGCUACGCCCUAGCGCCGAUGGCACCGACUCCCCGACCAGCAACACGUGCCGGACCUUCUCCCCCCCGCCAGCGGCCCGAGCUCACUGCCCCGCGGUGGGCCCGCUGGGCGGCACGGUGCCCAGACGCAACAGCCUGCCCGCUGCUGCCGGCAACAGCAUCCAUGGCGAGUGGUCAAGCAGGCAGUGGUCCCUCUCCUCUGCCCGGCACUGCCCCAGCCUGGACCCGCCCCCCACCCUCUCCCGGCAGCUCGGCCUCGGCCCCAGUCUGGACCCCCUCUCCCUGCUGCUGCCCAAGGGGAAGACCACCCUGGACACUCGUGGCGUGACGCCCUGCCGCCACGCUGACCAGGCCACUGAGUUACGGACACGCCAGCUGCCCUGUAUCUCCGAGUACUGGGCGGGCAGAAUGCCCGACUACUUUAAAGCAGUGCGGGACCGCUCGCUGCCCGACUGGGACCCCGAUGAGGAGUACCAAGCCCUGCUGGACUUCACCUACCCGUUACGGCCCCUCAGCUUCAACUCCAGGGACGUGUUGGGCAGUGAGGAUCUCUGCGCGGAGCUGUCGUGUUUGGAUGUGUCUGAAGUGCUGGAGGACGGCUCCAUGUCCGCUGACCACACACUGACCGCUCGAAGCCACUCGUCCUCUCCCGCUGAGCCGGGCUGCAGCGGCCAACUGGCUGACCAGAGCUGGCUCUUGGCCAAGCUGGCGGUGCCCGCUCCCCGCCUCUCCUCCAGCCCCCUGCCGGCAGCGCCCGGGUCCGGCCCGCGGCGUGGCGAGGAGUCUCGGACGCAGCUAGCCGACAGCCCGUUCACCAGCACCAUCACCUCCGACUGCACGCUGGGCAACUCCGUCACCGACUCCGGGUUCCUCUCCAAGGACUCGAGUGAAGAGUUCUCCCUGCGGCCGCCAUCCAGCGACCUCUCCGGCGGCGCCUUGCCCGCCACCGCGGAAUCGGACAGCGAGCCGGAGUUCCUGCACCUCCCCCGCCGGCUCGGCCAACUGGACGAUCUGGCCCGGCAGAUCCACGGCCUGUCCGCUCGUCUAGACGAGUCUGGCCCCCAGACGGCCAGACUGCGGGACGGGGACGUGGAGGAGGGGGACGACCAGCGCUCCCUCCCCCAUCCCCACACCACCAUCGCCGGCGACCGGGGCCAGCUCUACCACCGGCUCGGCACGCAGUCCACCAGCGUCCAGCGCUGCCUGACCAGUGACGAUACCAUCGUGGAGCUACGGAGGGCCACUGACUUCAUCCGCAAGCUCGGACACUGGCCCCGCUAUGACCCUGACCACCACCUACCUCCACUCAACCACGACAGCUUCAACAAUGACGGACUCCUCACACACAUCCAGGAGUUUGGUGGCAAGCUGGAGGAGAUGGUGCAGUGGCUGUACACGGUGGCAGAGACCAUGGACAACUGGGUCCCACCGCUGCCCGACAUGGGCAGCAUCAAGUCCUCUCUCGAUAUCUGCACGGCGUUUAAGAAUGAUGUGAAGGAACACCAAGAGCUAACCGAUUCUGUGUUGAAAUCUGGAGAAAUCCUGCUGAAAUCAGUGGUGGACACCACCCCAGUCCUCAGGGAGACGCUGCAGUUGAUCGCAAGACAAUCGAAGAGGCUGAACGGACAUGCCGCCCACCUGUACUCGUCCAUCCUCACGGCCAUGAGCAUGGUCAAAGAUGACCUGCAGGCCAAGCAACUGGAACUGGAGGCGGACGGUGUGGAGAGGCAGCUAUCACUGGCUGAAGAUUGCAAGUGGCAUUGAUGAAGAUCUCAUCGCGGGAAAGCACGCCAGCUUGGAUACACCCAGUGAACCAACCACCACAUUGCAGCUCCUCAGUAUUCAACUCUGACAAUUGUUUUUGCAUUUGUACAUUCCUAUUUGAUUUGGGGGGGAAAAGAAAUCUCAUACCUGUGAAGUACAUAGGCAUAUACUUGCAAUUAACUUUGUUUUAAAGCUCUUUACGCAGUCAAGUGCUGUUUACUUUCAAUGUUAUAACAAUUUUAAUUCAACUUCUGCACUGGUCCAAUUCAUGUUGACCAGAGGUGUGUGGGAUAAAAAUAAUUUAAACUUUUGAAUAGCAGCUAGUGCCAUAACCUAUUGUUAGCCAAUAACUUGUGUAUUGUGAGGAUUUCAAGAUAGACAGUGGCGUGAGGUGGGAGUCUAAGAGUUACUCCUUGCCCGACAGUUCCAGAUGAUGCACUUGGCUCCCAUGGACUUGAAGACUAUUAAUACAGCACCCACUUAAAUCCUGCAGUCUUAUGCCCCUUGUCCCACUUAGGAAACCUGAACGGAAACUUCUGGAGACUCUGCGCCCCACCCAAGGUUUCCAUGCGGUUCCCAGAGGUUUUUGUCAGUCUCCCUACCUGCUUCCACUACCUGCAACCUCCGGCAACCACCUGCAACCUCCGGGAACCGCACGGAAACCUUGGGUGGGGCGCAAAGUUUCCAUAGGUUUCCGUUCAGGUUUCCUAAGUGGGACAGGGGCAAUAUAGAGUGCAAACAGGUCCUUCGACCCAACUUGCCCACACCGACCAACACGUCCCAGCUACACUAGUCCCACCUGCCCGCAUUUGGCCCAUAUCCCUCCAAACCUGUCCUAUCCAUGCACAUGUUUCCAAAACUUUGGGAUAGUCCCAGCUUCAACUACCUCCUCUGGCAGCACAUUCCAUACACCCACCACCCUCUGUGUAAAAGGUUACUCCUCAGAUUCCUAUUAAAUCUUUUCCCCUUCACCUUACACCUGUGUCCUCUGGUCCUCGAUUCCCCUACUCUGGGCAAGAGACUUUGUGCAUCUACCCGAUCUAUUCCUCUCAUGAUCUUAUACAAUCGGUGAACAAGAAUCGUAUUUGAUGUAGGUGUAGUUUAAAACCAGUUCUCCUCCAGAAUCCCAUAUGUUCAUGGGGCAGAAUUAGGCCAUUCAGCCCAUCAGGUCUACCCCCAUCAUUCAAUCAUGGCUGAUCUAUCCUCCCCUCUCUUCUCCCCCUGGGAAUUGCACAGGUGUGGAUUAGAAACAAACUUGAACUAACUCACACUUAAUGUUUUUUGUGUCAUUCCUAACUGUCACUGUAUGUCAUGUUGUCACUUGCGGGCAGAGCACCAAGGCAAAUUCCUUGUAUGUGAAUACUUGGCCAAUAAACUUAUUCAUUCACUUCAACCCUUCAGCAAGAGUGGAAAUGGCAAGGCAUUGCUGUCAGUCCACCUCAACCCUGUGUGGAACCACCACUCCACACCCCAGGCAGCAGCUUACCCCAAUGGCCACCUCCAGUGUUGGUGUGACAUCAACACAGUGGAAGGUGGCGACAUUUUGUAUGCCCACACUUUUGAUACUAGCUUUUGUACCGUUCCUGUAACAUGUUAUGUGGUUGAUAAAAACAAUUUGCAACUCAACCACGGCAAUUCUGUGCCAUUGUGCAGGUAAUUUUGAUGUUUUUUGUAAUCUGAAAAUGUAAUGUUUGGUGGUUUGAUGCAACCUGUGCCGCUGCGAAAUCACACUCACGCCUUAAGAAAAGUGACUUGCAAUGCUUUUAAUAAAAUGUUUUAUUUUUAA